AUGGAAGAAAUUUAAUAAUAAAAAACUAAUCAAAUAUAAAAAUUAGAGCAUGAAAAUAAAUACUUUUUAGAUAAAAACUGUUAAUAUUAUCUUUAAAAAAAAAAAAAAAUUUGCAAAUUUCCUCGUACAGAAAAUUCUUAAUAUUGCCAUUAUCAUAUAUUUUCGGUAACCUAAGUGAAAUGUCCCAUAGAUCCUACUCAUUACAUAAAUAAAGAUAAUCUAGAAAAGCAUGUGUAAAAAUGUACUUUAAAAAAACAACAAGAAGCUUAAUAAUAGAAUAUAUGGUUUUAAUAAGGUAUAAAUAAUAAAGGUUAAUAGAAAAUUGAAAAGGAAAAAAAAGAAGAAAUAAAUAUUUCUUUAAAAGAACUUUAUUUAUAAAAAUCUUUAAUUUUAAUAUCUUUAAUAUAAAAAAUAAAAUUCAAUUUUUCUAAAGCCUUAAAAAUAUAUACAUAAAGCUAAAAAGAAACAUAAUUUUAAGUAGAAAAUACAGAAAAUUAUUUUCUUGAAGUUUCUUCUUUAUAAAAUAACAUUUAAUAAAUAAAUGAUAGAUAAAAAGACCUUCAUCAAGUCCUUUAAUUAAAUAAAAUCCUUAAAAAAGUAAACCUUUUAGAUAAAAAAAGUAUAUAUAUAGAAUUCGGGGCUGGAAAAGGACUUCUUUCUCACACAAUAUAUUAAAAAAGUAAAGAUAUUUAAAAAUAAGAAGAACAUUCAGCCCAUGUUUUAUUAGAAAUAGAACCUCGUAGAAAUAAAUUAGAUAAGCUACAUAGAAAUAAUCCUUUUUUUUAAGAUUUAGGACAAAUAUUUUACAUUUUGAUGCAAAUAGUUUGA